AUGUCCGCAACAAUUCAAACCGCCCUGCGUAACUUCGGCAAGCAAACUUCGCAGAUCACACGCCAGAACGUCCGCUCCCCAAUCGCACAAUCAAUCGCCUCGCAAAAUGCACGACGGACCUUUCAGACCAGCAGCAGAGUGAUGCAGGAUACCAUUGUCACGCCCAAGAAGCCAAUCGGCGCAUUCAGAGGAUCACUCUUUGGAUUUCUCAUGGGAACUGUGCUUGCUGGCGGUUCGCUCUACUACUACGUGGUCGACGAGUACAAGGUUUCCAACACCCUUCUCACCGAAGACAUCUACUCCCUACAAGCCGCGGUACAGAGAUUAGAGGGAUACGUCAAGAACCUCGAGCAAGAAGUGAAGAGCAAGAAAUGA